AUGGGAAAUGCCUUAGGUAUAGAUUGUUCUUUGAAUUAUGUUUACGUAACAAAUGUUUUAAUUAAUGAAAAAAAAAAAAAAAAAAAUGUGAAUGAAACAAAAAAUAAAUGUAAUAUAUGCUUUCCUAAAAAAAAUGUUUUAGAAUAUGAUAAUAUAAAAAACCUAUAUAGUUUAAAUUCAUCAUAUAAUUUAGAUAUAAAGAAAAAUAAAGAUGAAAAUGGGAAAAAAUGUUUGAGAUUAGAAAAAAAUAUAAUAAAUAAAAACUAUUUAGAGAAUUACAUGAAAGAAAAAUUACCUAUAAUAGAAAAUGAAGAAGAAGUAUUUAAUAAAAAUUGCGAAGGUAAUAAGGAAAAUGAUAAUGCAAAAUAUUUUUUCGAAGAAAUAAAAAGAAAAAAGGAAAAAGAAAAUACUUUGUUUGAAAGCACAAGUAAUAAUAAAAUAAUGAAUAAACAUAUAGAUUAUAAGGAAAAAAUAUUAAAUAGAAAUAGCAAAAAUACUUUAAAAAAAUUAGAAAGAAAAAAUGAAACUCAUAAUAACGCAGAUAAUAGACACUUCAAUGAUUAUAUGAGAAUGCAAAAAGAUUUUUUUGAUUUUAUUAUUGAUACACAGCAUGUUAUUGAAGAUACUGUGCAAUUUAUUAUAUUAAAAGAAGAAAUAGAAAAAAGUCAAAGUGGGAAAUUUUCAUUAGGAGAACUUUCUAAGUAUUUCAAAGAAAAUGAAGAUUUAAAUAAUAAAUUUCAUAUAUAUAUAAAUUUCAUACAAGGUAACCUGGGUUAUAAUUUACAAAAAGAGGAAAAGAACAACUUAUAUAUGAAUGAUGAAAUAAAUGAAUUUAAUGAUGAAAUAGCUCAAAUUUAUUUUUGGAAAAUAAAGUUAAAAAAAAUUGAUGAAGUCAUUAUCAAAUAUUCGAAUUUCACAAAAAAUAUAUUAAUAAAUAUAACAGGAGAAAAUGGCAAUUAUAUAAAGAAGAAACUUACUGAAUUAGCAAAAAUGAGCAAUUUAUAUUGCCAUAAAGAGUUAAAAUGUAUAAAUAGUUCAAUAUGUUUUUUAAAACAAUUUUAUCCGAAAGGCUUAUAUUAUUUUAUGAAUUCCAAUAUAAGCAAUGUAAAAGAUACGAGCACCAGUAAAUCUAAUGAAAUGAUGUUAAAAAAAUGUUUUUUGAAUAAAAAAGAAGCCAGUGAAAUAUUUCCUUAUAUAAUAGUUAAUAUAAAACGAGGAGUAACCUACCAUUUAAUAAACGAAGAUAAUUUAAUUGAGAACAUUGGCAGAUAUUUAAUUGGAUGUAAAAGUAUUUUAGGUUUAUUUUUAUUAUUAACUGGUAAAUUAUGUUCUCUAGAAAUUAUAUGUAAAUUAGCCAACAAUGGAAUAAGUAAAACGUUUGAUAUGACUGUUGAAGAUAUAUAUGGGACAAUCUAUAGUAAGGUUGGUUUACAAGGAAAUAUAGUCGCAUCUUUUUUUGGAAAGGCACAAGAUUUAGAUAACGCUAACAAUUCUGUUGAUAGUUCUAGCAAGGAAAUAUAUUUAAACAUGAAUAAAGAUAUAUUAGAUAAUUGUGAACAUGUUUCUAGUUUUGAAUACUUAAGUUUUGAAAGUAAUGAAAGUGAUGAAUAUGAUAAUAAUAGCAAUUCUCAUAAUUUUCUUAAAAAUAAAAAUAAUAAAUUUACACAUUUAAAUAUGAAUAGUAAAAAAAAUUCGUUAGAAAACUCCUUUUUUAAUUUUCAUAGCGAUUCUUGCUGUAAUUAUAAUAGUGUUGUAAUAAAAGAAAAAAAACUUUUACAAAAAAAAAAAAAAAAAAUUAAUAUAAAAGGUAUGUGUGAAAGUAAUUAUUUAACAAAAGAAACUGCUAAUAAUAAAAAAGAUGAUGGAAUAAAAAAUGAUAUUUAUAAAAAAGAAAUAAAAUAUUUUGGAGGUGAUUCAGAUAAUGACAUAAUAAUGAGAAAAGUAACAGAAAAAAAUAUACUUCUCAGGAAAAGCUUAAGUGAUUCUAAAUUAAAAGUAAACAGGUGCAAUGAAGUAAAUGAUUUUAAAGGAAAAGGAAGGAAUACUUACAAUAGUUUUCAGUUAAAGUCAAAUGAAUAUGCGAAAAAAAAAAAAUUUUAUUCCACAUUGAAUAUUCUAUCAAAUGAAGAAUUAAACAAUAUUUUAAUGAAGAAAAUUAUUUCUAAUUCUGAUGAAGAAAUCAUUAAAAAAAAAUCGAAUAGAACAAAUAAUUAUUCUAUAGGAAAAAUGUUUAAAAAAAAAAAAAUAUCAAAUAAAAAUACAACUGAAAUUAUAUCUAGCAGUGAAGACAAUGAGCAAAAUAAUUUUUUUAUAAUUAAUUCUGAAAAAAAAAGGAAGCAUUUUGGUAAAAAAAAUGAAGGAAUUAUGAAAUUCGAUACUAAAGAAUGCGAUAUAGCAAAAUCUUUAUUAUCAAUGGCUAUAUUUACGAUGGUACAAUUAUCGUAUUUUUAUAGUCAAAUGUAUAAUAUUAAAAGUAUAAUAUUUUCAGGUUUACUUUUAAAUAAUAAUAUUUGUUUAGCACUUGUCAAAAUUAUUAUAAAUAUUAUGUCAAAUAAUACACAAAGAUUAUAUUUUUUCAAAUUUUCUGAACACCUUAGUAGUUUAGGUUCAGCUUUACAUUUAAUUGAUUGGAACAAUUUGCUUUUAAAAAGUUAA